CCGGCCUGACUAUUUCACCUAGCAGACUGUGAGCUUCUGGAGAGGGGGGAGUGUGUCUUAUUCAUCUCCAAUUCCUAGUACUUAGCACAAUAUUGGCCUGACACACAGAACACCUGCCUAUGGGUGUUCUGAUUUUGAUUUGUUGACUGAGAAAGAUGAUAGCAGUGAAAGGAACAUCAGGUUGAGGGAGAAAUUAUAGGGUUUUUGUUUGUUUUGAUAUAGGAGAUAUUUAAGCAGGUUCACAAAAAGAGAAAAGUUGAAAGAUUGGGAACCAUAAAACACAUGGAAUAGUUGGUAGGAUCAGGCACUAGAAGUAACAGAAGGAAAUGAAGACAAAAGCACCAUAGGAUGGCCCCUAUCACACUAUCUAUGAUAGUAGUGUGAUGGGGGAAGGUAUAUGUGGAGGUAGAUAUGGGUAGGAAGUAGGUUACAAAAAUAGAGCUCACUUCUCAUGUGAGAGGCAUCUCUUUGUCCCUGGAGAAUAGUUUAGCACCUGACAUAAAUGAGCCAUUCAGUAAUAGUUGUUAAAUAAAUAAAUAGCGAGGCCCAAACAAAAUUUGCAAAGAUAAAAGACUGAGUGUCUGAUCCUACACUAAAACUCAGGUCUUCUGACCCAGAGGACACCUAUGGAGCUCAGUUGCUGUGGAAAGAGGGGAGAAGGAAAACAGAGACAAGACUCAGGCUUCCCUCUGAGGCAUGUACCCCCACCUUCUCCAGGGAUCUCAUUAGAGGUGUUUAGCUGGGCAGGUGUAAGCUCAGGCCCUGGGAGACAGGGCAGAGUGCUAGAGCUAGACUAUCUCCACCCCUUCAGUAGCGCUAGUUCUGGUUGUGUUGCUAAGAGCCUCAAAGACAAAGAAGUCACAGCCGGAGCCCAAGGGCAGCCUCCUUCAGGCAGUCAGGCACUAGUCCCCAACUCCAGAAGUCCCCUACAGGCAGAGAGGGUGGGGACAUCUCACACCCCAGCACCAGACUACAGAACCAUGAGCCGGGACACCAAAGUGAAGACAACAGAGUCCAGUCCCCCAGCCCCAUCCAAGGCCAGGAAGUCGCUGCCUGUCCUGGACCCAUCUGGGGAUUACUACUACUGGUGGCUGAACACAAUGGUCUUCCCAGUUAUGUAUAACCUCAUCAUCCUCGUGUGCAGAGCCUGCUUCCCCGACUUGCAGCACAGUUAUCUGGUGGCCUGGUUGGUGCUGGACUACACGAGUGACCUGCUAUACCUACUAGACAUGGUGGUGCACUUCCACACAGGAUUCUUGGAACAGGGCAUCCUGGUGGUGGACAAGGGUAGGAUCUCGAGUCGCUACGUUCGCACCUGGAGUUUCUUCUUGGACCUGGCUUCCCUGAUGCCCACAGACGUGGUCUACGUGCGGCUGGGCCCGCACACACCCACCCUGAGGCUGAACCGCUUUCUCCGCGCGCCCCGCCUCUUCGAGGCCUUCGACCGCACAGAGACCCGCACAGCUUACCCAAAUGCCUUUCGCAUUGCCAAGCUGAUGCUUUACAUUUUUGUCGUCAUCCAUUGGAACAGCUGCCUAUACUUUGCCCUAUCCCGGUACCUGGGUUUCGGGCGUGACACAUGGGUGUACCCGGACCCCGCGCAGCCUGGCUUUGAGCGCCUGCGGCGCCAGUACCUCUAUAGCUUUUACUUCUCCACGCUGAUCCUGACUACAGUGGGCGAUACACCGCCGCCAGCCAGGGAGGAGGAGUACCUCUUCAUGGUGGGCGACUUCCUGCUGGCCGUCAUGGGUUUCGCCACCAUCAUGGGUAGCAUGAGCUCUGUCAUCUACAAUAUGAACACUGCAGAUGCGGCUUUCUACCCAGAUCAUGCACUGGUGAAGAAGUACAUGAAGCUGCAGCACGUCAACCGCAAGCUGGAGCGGCGAGUUAUUAACUGGUAUCAGCACCUGCAGAUCAACAAGAAGAUGACCAACGAGGUAGCCAUCUUACAGCACUUGCCUGAGCGGCUGCGGGCAGAAGUGGCUGUGUCUGUGCACCUGUCCACUCUGAGCCGGGUGCAGAUCUUUCAGAACUGUGAGGCCAGCCUGCUGGAGGAGCUGGUGCUGAAGCUGCAGCCCCAGACCUACUCACCAGGCGAAUAUGUAUGCCGCAAAGGGGACAUUGGCCGAGAGAUGUACAUCAUCCGAGAGGGUCAACUGGCUGUGGUGGCAGAUGAUGGUAUCACACAGUAUGCUGUGCUCGGUGCAGGGCUCUACUUUGGGGAGAUCAGCAUCAUCAGCAUCAAAGGGAACAUGUCUGGGAACCGCCGCACAGCCAAUAUCAAGAGCCUAGGUUAUUCAGACCUAUUCUGCCUGAGCAAGGAGGACCUGCGGGAGGUGCUGAGCGAGUAUCCACAAGCACAGACCAUCAUGGAGGAGAAAGGACGUGAGAUCCUGCUGAAAAUGAACAAGUUGGAUGUGAAUGCUGAGGCAGCUGAGAUUGCCCUGCAGGAGGCCACAGAGUCCCGGCUACGAGGCCUAGACCAGCAGCUGGAUGAUCUACAGACCAAGUUUGCUCGCCUCCUGGCUGAGCUGGAGUCCAGCGCACUUAAGAUUGCUUACCGCAUUGAACGGCUGGAGUGGCAGACUCGAGAGUGGCCGAUACCCGAGGACCUGGCUGAGGCUGAUGACGAGGGUGAGCCUGAGGAGGGAACUUCCAAAGAUGAAGAGGGCAGGGCCAGCCAGGAGGGACCCUCAGGUCCAGAGUGACCCCAUCCCCAUCCCUAGGAUUCCCACCUCCUAGUGAAUCCAGAGUUGUAGUAAAGCCUAACUGCUGCAACUCUGUCAUCCUGUCUGCGAGAUCAGACACAGGAGCAAAUUGGUCUGUAGAUGCCCAGCUAGAGAUAUAGGAGUAUAGCACACAUUCAGCCCCCACCUACCAAUACACACACACACACACACACACACACACACACACACACAGUUGCUCAUAGACCUGUUGGCCCCAAGACUGUGCAUUCCAUCUAAAAUGCUCUGGUAUUUCCAUUCUCAGCACACAUGCUUUCUCACAAGCACUGAUGUAUCUUACACCCACAUAAUAUAUACACAUUCAGGCAUGCACCUCCUAAACACACAUAUGCUGACAGUCAUACACCAAUAGACACAGAUGCCCUUCACAGGUGUGCACACACUUGUGAAAACACAAAAGCACACCCUGAGCCCUCUAGGUCUAAGAUGUCUUUUGAAUGUUUCCCAUAUGGGCGAUUCAAAAGUAUACCCUGAAAGUUGCACUUCAAUAAAGUAUUUGCCUCCUCCCUAAGCAUUUAUGGGGCUGGAAAGAAAAGGCAAAGUCAGUGGUGGGCCAGGAUGGAUUCUGUCUGAAUUCUGAAGUCUGAAGCCUGAAUUCUGAGUCACAGAGGUGAUGAGCAUGAACUGUGUAGUAGCUAGUGGGUUAGAGUCAGAGGGGAGGUACCUGAAGAAUAGAGAAUCAAUACUCAGCCUAGGCAAAGCAGGCUCUCACAUCACACUGCUGUAAGAGUGCCCAUGCACACUGGUCUUUGCAUCCUACACCAGAGCAUAUGUUCUCAAUUUAUAAGCUCUGAGGGGUUUCAUCUAGUUAAAUGGGCCAGAGC